AUGGGGAUUUGCUGGGGUUCUCCAGCUGAGAACCCAACGCCAGUAACUACUGGUGAUCUCACUACAGUGGUCAGUAACAUAUCUCAGACAACCAGUAACACCACAUCUUCAGGGGGGAGUACUUUAUCUCGGAAUAGCCAGUUCUCGGCAGCAAGUGGCGAUGAGGCCAGUCCACAUGGGCAGAUCUUACCCACCCCAAACUUGAGGAUCUUCAGUUAUUUAGAAUUGAAGGCUGCAACCAGAAACUUCAGAUCAGAUACAGUUCUUGGGGAGGGAGGCUUUGGGAUGGUCUUCAAAGGUUGGCUUGAUGAAAAGGCACCAACCAAGUCUGGAAAAACCACAGUGAUUGCUGUGAAAAAAUUGAGUUCUGAGAGCUUGCAAGGGUUUGAGGAAUGGCAGUCAGAGGUGAAUUUCUUAGGGCGACUAUCUCAUCCUAAUCUUGUAAAGCUAUUGGGAUACUGUUUGGAGGACACGGAGCUGCUGCUCGUGUAUGAGUUCAUGCAAAAGGGUAGCUUGGAAAACCAUCUAUUUGGAAGGGGCUCAGCUGUUCAGCCACUUCCGUGGGAUAUACGGCUUAAAAUUGCAAUAGGAGCAGCUCGAGGCUUGGCUUUUUUGCAUACAUCAGAGAAGCAAGUAAUCUAUAGAGAUUUCAAAGCUUCAAACAUACUACUUGAUGGGUCGUAUAUUGCCAAGAUAUCUGACUUUGGCUUGGCAAAAAUGGGUCCUUCAGCUAGUCAAUCGCAUGUGACAACACGAGUUAUGGGUACAUAUGGUUAUGCUGCUCCUGAGUAUGUUGCCACAGGGCAUUUGUAUGUGAAAAGCGAUGUGUAUGGUUUUGGUGUUGUUCUGGUCGAGAUAUUGACAGGCUUGCAUGCACUUGAUCAAAAUCGUCCGAGUGGGAAACAUAAUUUAGUGGACUGGAUAAAGCCAUUCCUAUCAGAUAAAAGAAAAUUGAAAGGAAUUAUGGACCCCCGGUUGGAGGGAAAAUAUCCUGCCAAAGCUGCAUUCCGAAUUUCUCAGCUUGCUCUAAAGUGCAUUGAAUCUGAACAGAAAAACCGGCCAUCAAUGAAGGAUGUUGUGGAGACAUUGGAACGGAUUGAAUCUGCCAAUGAACAUUCAAGGGAGCCUAGGCCCCGUUCAACUCAUCCUAUGGCUCAUCGACAAGGCCAGAAGCCGCUGCAUCAUCGCUCACCGCUUCACCCCAGGCUGGAUGGGAAUCAAACCUACCAACAGUCACCUCGAGUGCGGUAA